GCGUUGUUAUUUGGAUGUGUAUCUGUAAUUAUCUAAAUGCCUCUGAGACGAAUUGUGUAAGUUUCAGUGAUAUAAGUUUUCGAGCUGUCGCUGAAAAAUAAGCAGACGUCCGCUACCUUUCCAAGUGGAUAAAGCAGUUGUCAUCACAUCUUUCGCAGGAACGACCAACGGUACUUUGAUUUCUCUUUCGGUAUAAGCUAAUGGUCUCCACUUAUUUGAUCUAUUAAAAAGAAAAAACGACCUGAUGAUUGCUUUUUUGGUUCAUUUCUUGUUGUGUUUGGAACAUUUUCCACUCUUCUUUUUCUUUUUCUUUUUGCUCGAUUAUAUUCUGAGCUACCAUGAAUUAGAAUGUCCACUAGUCUUCGUUAUAGCUGAAAGUAAACAACGGCUUAUUUUAUCUGAAUUGUGCAAGUACAUCCUAAAUGCAUGCUUUUUCUCAUUUACUAAUCGUUGCUCUAUAUAUCGAUGGUUUUGAUCAGAAAUAUUUAUCCUUGGAGUUGAUGCUCUCUUGAUGUUAACUUAUUAUUCCCAUUAUAAUAAACUGGAUGUCAAGAGCAUAACUAUAACGGACAGACUCAGAUCUUUUGUCUCUUGAUAGGAGAUAGCUAUGCCUGUGGAUAAUGCUUAAAUAUAUUCUCCUGAUGUUGUUUAUUACGCUAUCUUAGAGAGGAGCUACGUACCAUUAUACGCUCUUUUUUAUUUGUCUGUCUGAUUUUUUAUGAUUGAAUAAAAAGUAAUAAUCGAUAUAGACAAAGAGAA